GUCACAAAUACUAAACAAAACCACAACUACAAGGACUAUUUAACUGAUAAUUACGUUAAGACCAAAACAUAUGUACUGUUUAAUUUCUGACUUUGUUAGAAAACAAUCAAUAUAGAAAGACAAAUUGAUAAAUAAAACCAUAUGAAAAAAAAACAAAGACCCAUACAACAAAUCUAACGCAAGGGUCAUUAAUGAUUAACCAAGACAAAAAAUAUCUCUAAUAUAAAUAUUAUCCACUACUUCAUUCUUCACUCUACGACACACAAAAACAACAAUGGAGCUACUCACAAGCUUGACCAACUGGUUAACUCCGACGACUCUCUUCCUCCUCCUCAAUUUCACGAUCGCCACCAUUUUCAUCACCAACCGGUUCAGUUCCUGUUCAAGAAAACACAACCAACAUCAAGAUGGUUACGGGUCGUCGGGUCAUGACCAAAAUCAGGCACGGUUUGGCAGACCUCCUUCGCUCAUAGACAGAGUAAAGUCCAUCAACUUCCAUCUGUACAAUUCUCCUUCACCAGAAUCCGAGAUCCACUACUCCGGGUCGGAUCCUAACCCGAACCCACCUCCUUCUCUCUUGCAACGGGUCAAAUCCAUCAACAUGCCUUACUUCAAGUUCCCACAACACAAUUCUGAAGGAGAUUACGCUGCUUACGAGCUCAUGACCCAACCCGACGAGACUAACCGGGUCGACCCGAUCGACAAGAUCCCGGAGGAUGACGUCACGACCGAACCUAGAUUCGGAGCUCCAUCACUCUUGCAGCGGGUGAAAUCCAUAAAGCUUCCUUCUUUAUACAGAUCCGACCCAGAUCCAACACCAGAAGUGCAAACACAUACGAGGACGAAGUCGGAGUCGAGUAAACCGGCGACGAAGAAGAAGAAGAAAGCUACAAAGAAGAUGAUGAAAUCUGCUAGCGAGAGACACAUCGGCCGGGAAGAGGAGGAGACAGUUGAGGCCGUGGAGAAGAGAAGGCCGGAGACGAUGAGAGUUGAGAGAACGACGUCGAUAGGAGACGGAGGAGAAGAAGGUGUCGACGAUAAAGCUUCAAAUUUCAUCAACAAGUUUAAGCAACAGCUUAAGCUACAGAGGCUAGAUUCGUUUCUAAGGUACAGAGAGAUGCUCAAGAACGAUUAAGUGAAGAUUACGCUUUUACCCUUUGUCGGAAUCGUCUUUCCCUCGCUUUCCAAUUUGUACUUUCGUGGUAAAUACCCCUGAAUCUGAAUGGCGUUUAGGUCAUUUACGAUACGUAUUUUCUAGUUUGUGUUCUAGAUUUGGUGAUGACUGGAUGACAAAACUAGUUUGUGUCGUGUGCGUAAUUGCUGGAUCUGGACGUAUGAGUUCCACUGCACUUUUUUGUUUUUACUCGAUGGUAAAAGUAGUUUUUAUGCUGUUUUUACGUGGAAAAAAGUAUUUCUAAUAAUAUUAUUUUCUUUAAAUCGAACAUUCAUCGAUAAUUGCGACAGAAGAAAAACAUUCAUCGAUACUUCUCUCGUCAGAUUCUAGUAAUAUUAAUGUUUGUUUAAUUACUAAAUUGUUCUGAUUAAGAACAGUAAUAUUU